AUGCCCUCUUUCCUGUGGUGUGGACCACGACCACGAAAACCCCAAAAACGGAAACAGCUCGAAGAAGCAACUGCGAAUCUAGAGCAACUACCGUCGUGGACUGCUCCAGAUAACUCACUCGUACUACAGGCUUUUGAAUGGCAUAUCCCAGCUGACCAGCAGCAUUGGCGUCGUGUGCAAUAUGCCUUGCCGGACUAUAAGUCUAUUGGCGUCGACCUAAUCUGGAUCCCUCCUGGAUGCAAGGGAAUGGACCCUCAUGGCAAUGGCUAUGAUAUCUAUGACCUGUACGACCUGGGCGAAUUCGACCAAAAGGGUACAGUGCCGACCAAAUGGGGUACCAAACAAGAGCUCGAGGAGCUGAUCUCUCAAGCCCAAAAUUUGGGUAUUGGAGUUAUCUGGGAUGCUGUACUCAAUCACAAAGCGGGCGCAGAUUAUCCUGAGCCCUUCCAGGCGGUCAAGGUCGAUCAUCAACGAAGAGACGUAGAGAUAUCUAAGCCAGCAGAAAUCAACGGGUGGACAGGGUUCCAUUUUGCCGGUCGCAACGAUAAAUACAGUUCGAUGAAAUACCACUGGCAACAUUUCAGCGGCGUCGAUUGGGACGACAAGAGCAAGCAAACCGCAAUAUACAAGAUCGUCGCACCCGACAAGGGCUGGGCCCAAGACGUAUCUACAGAGAAUGGGAACUACGAUUAUCUGAUGUUCGCUGAUCUGGACCUUACACAUCCAGAGGUCCGUACAGAUCUUUUAGAAUGGGGAACUUGGAUCACCAACACAUUGGGUCUCCAUGGAAUGCGACUCGAUGCUGCUAAGCAUUUCUCGGCGGAGUUCCAGCACACAUUCGUGCAUCAUGUCCGAAAAACUGCUCGCGAGGACUUCUUCGUGAUUGGAGAAUACUGGACUGGUCACUUGCCAUCUUUGCUGGGUUAUCUUGAACAGGUGAAGUACGACCUUGCAGCAUAUGACGUCCCUCUCCUAGAGAGAUUUUCCCGGCUCUCCUAUGCGCAGGCACCAGAUCUUCGUGAGAUUUUCACAGACACACUGGUACAAUGUCGGCCGGACCACGCCGUAACUCUGGUCGCAAAUCAUGAUACGCAACCAGGACAAAUGCUUGAAACGCCAGUAGCACCAUCCUUCAAGUUAUUAGCAUAUGCGCUGAUCCUCCUUCGCAAAGAGGGUCGUCCAUGCGUCUUCUAUGGCGACUUAUACGGGAUACGAGGAAAUGUGGAAAAACAAACGACACCAAGUUGUGAUGGCAAGCUGCCUCUCCUGAUGCAAGCACGAAAACUCUACGCUUAUGGCGAACAACAAGACUACUUCAACCUACCGAAUUGCAUAGGCUUCGUGCGUUACGGGAAUGCCCGCCAUUUGUCUGGCCUCGCGUGUGUUAUCAGUAAUGCGGGUGCAGGGGUGCAGCGCAUGUAUGUUGGUAAACGCCACGCGUACGAAGAGUGGACGGAUCUGUUACAUCCAGAGAUAAAGCGUAUUGUUAUCGACAAGAAGGGCUACGGGUGUUUCAGUGUCAAGGCAAUGAAUGUCGGUGUCUGGAUCAAUUCGGCCACAGCAGACAGUGACAAUCUGAAGAGAGACUUCAAUCCGAAUAUAUACGGUGCCUAA